AUGUCGUUCCACGUGUUCAGACCGGUAUGGAAGCAGGUCGAACUCACCACACGACCGCUCAAGAAACGACGACUGCUCAGCUCGGAUCGUUACGCCGCUGCGCCUCGUGCACCGUACCGUAUCCUGCUCUUUGGGGCAGACGAGUUCAGCUGUGCGACGCUCGCGGCGAUACAUGACGCUAGAGAAGGUGAGUCGGAGCGCGCAGAUUGGGGGUUGCACCGUCUACUCGCUCGCAGCAGCUGAGGUCCUUACCUGGGCACAGAUUUGGUCGAGGAGCUCGUCGUGGUCACUCCACCCGAGGCGAGGACGGGCAGAGGGCUCAAGACCAUACACAGGCGUACGUUCACUGCUUUCCCUUCUCACCGGCUACCACUCCCGCAAUGAAGUGCAUCUUGGAUUCCUACAAGUCUGAACCUUGCGCUUCCCCUGCUGUGCCCCUCCCGACUCUUCCUCCGCACUUCGCAGCCCCACUUCGAGAGAUGGCCGAGUCGUUGAACCUCACCUCGAUCGCGCUACCUCCGACCACACCCCUCAGAGCAUACAAGGUGAGGGAUCUUCAAAUCCUUUGUGGCCCAGCAAGGUGCACUCACACUCCCCUCACCUGCUCCCACCCUCACCCUCACCCUCACCCACAUACCACCUUCCUCCGCUUCUCAACCCACCACUCAGCCCCCCACCUCCUUCCUCGACCCCACAUCGAGCACCCCCUCGCUGCUCGACCCUUCCCGAACCCUGCUCCUGACCGCCUCCUUCGGCCACCUCAUACCCACCACCCUCUUAUCCCUAUUCCCACCCUUGAACACGCUCAACGUCCAUCCUUCCCUGCUCCCAAAGUAUCGAGGAGCGUCUCCUAUUCAAUGGGCGAUUGCUCACGGGGAGCAGAGCACGGGCGUGAGCGUGCAAGAGUUGAGUAGGGGUAAAUUCGAUCAGGGGAGGCUCUUGGGCCAAAAGCAUGUCGUGAGCGUUUUUCUAUCUUUUGAGAUGGUCAGCAUGAUCGGAUAGGGUAACAAGCUGGGCUGAUACUGGUCCGGACUUUUGGUGCACCCGACGGGUUUUUGUUUUGUUGAAAAACAGAGCAUGCCACCCAUGGCGGAUUUCAAGACACUCGAACCGAUCUUGGCUAGGGAAGGAGCGAACUUGCUCGUCGAGGUGUUGCGUAAUCUUGAGAAAGCUCAGGUGCGUCGACAUCAGAACCGGGUCCCCGACCACAACUUUGUCAAGAGAAGAAGCUGACUUGUCCCGUUUGAUCCGGGGGAAAAGGCCAAUGCCGUCGCCCAAACAGGGGUCGUCUCCCAUGCGUCCAAGAUCGUGAGAGAUCAUGCGAGGAUCGUCUGGGAUAGGAUGGGGUCGGACGAAUUGAAGAGGUUGCAGAGGGGAAUUGGACAUCAGGUGAGGAUCUAGAACCACACUCAUAAGGGGGUGGAGGCUAGCGCUCGCUGGUGGAAACUGAUCAAUCCUCCAUGUCCCGGCUAUACCUGCCCAGUUCCCACUCUGGACAACCCUCAAAACCUUCCCUUCCAACCCCACCGAACCCUCCCAGCCCUCUAAAACAAUUCAAAUCCAACUCCUCGAUAACCCAGCGUUUUCCGUACCCGACUCCGUCCCCAUCGCCGAACUGACCUCCCUCCCACCCGGAUCAACGGCCUUUGAUCCACGAACCAAGACGUUGUUCGUAAGAUGUGCGGCAGGGGUCGUGGGUGUGGAAAAAGUUAAGGGUGCCGGGGGGAAGUGGGUGAGGAGCGGGGAGUGGUGGAAUGGGGUUGGGAGGAGAUUGGGGACGGUGAGGAUGGAAUGA